GUGGGGGCAGGGUCCCGAUGCAGAGCAGGGCAGUUCAGUCCAAGUGAGGGUGGGCUGAUGGCUUCUCCUGGGAUGCUGUGUUGGAUGCCAAGGCCGGGCUGGAAGGGUGUGGGCAUGAUGCGGUGGCCAGAAUAGUAAGGCCGGCCACUUGGGAGUCGAUAACCGUUUUAUUAACCGGUAAGCCUGUGGGCAGGCGGUAGGAGCUUGGCAGACAGUAUCCGCCUCCUGGCCACUGUGGUCUGGCCACUGGGAAAGCUGACCUGGUGUGCCCUUGCAAGGAAGGGUACGUUGGGCUGUCCCAGCAUCAGGGUGGGUCUGUCCCAGAGGUGUGGGGUCUGAGCUCUCCUGGGAAGGUGGCGACUACAGGUCAAUGAGGAAGCAUCCAUUCAGCCUAGAUGACACAUCCCAGGUGUGAAGACUGCCCCUCCCAGGGUAAGGGUGUUGAGGUUGCUGGGGAGCUGAGACCACAGCCCUGGGGGCCCUGCGAACUCUGGCCCGCCCAGCCCAGAGCCCCAGGGGGUCUCGUGCCCUGAGAGUGGGGCUCUUGGUGGCCUGUGGGAUGGAUAGGCCCCAGACAGUCCUGCAGGGUGGACGUGUGGCUAGUGGGCCGGAAGGCCAGCUCCACUGGUACUGGGGUGGGUAGCCCAGGGCGGCUGCAGACCGGUCCAUCCCCGGUGUACGUGGGCACAUGCCAGGUGACAGGGCAAAUACCCAGAGGCCUGCAGAGGUGGUGUCGGGGGACUGGAAUGGCCACAGGCUCUGGAAUCUUCUUCACUGAGCAGGGAAGUGGGCCUGGCCACGCUGGGUGGGUCUCAGGGAAGACAGGAGAGGGUAGCCUGCCGUUCAGGCAGGCCCUGGGAGGCAAAGUAGGGGGUCUGGGGUUGAUCUGAGGGUGCAGGGUUUGGGGUGUCCAGUGUGUUAAUAGGAGUGAAUAAAAAGGAGGUGACCCAGGCCCGCCCUGUGCCUCUCAGCUGAGCUGUCCUGAGGGGUGGACAGAGGGCAUUGGCAGAAGCUUCAGGGUAGGCAGGAGGGUACUUGGGUUGGACUCUCUGGGGAGCAGGGCCUGGUGCGGCAGGCAGCCUGGGACCAGAUCCCCCCACCUCUGUCCUCACCUACCCAGCCCCUCCCAAGACUCAGCCCUGCCAGACCCCUGCCCCCAGAGUGGGCAGGGCCUCCAGGGCUGAUGCUGGCCUUGAUGUCCUGUAUCUGGGAUGGCCUUUGCCCUGGGCUUCCCACCCUCCCUCUUGCUCUCGGGUUCUUCCGUCUGCUCCGACUCCAGGUAGUUUCAGGGUCGGAGGGAACCCCAGAGCUGCACCCUCUUCCUCUUCCAGAGAUGCACAGCCUUGCAGCCCUCUGCCACCCCAGUGCCCAUUGCUGAGCUGGGCAAGCGGCCUGGCAGUCUCCCCCCCCAACCCGGGGCCCUGCCCUCCCUGCUGACGAUGCUGAUCCCCGGCUCUGAGCUGCCCUGAUCCCUUGAUCCACCUCAGUCCCCGGGAGGCCCUGGACAGGACGCCAGAGCCUUUGGCCCACCGCUCUGGGGUGGGCGGAGGCGGGGGUAGCACGAGGCCGGUGUCUCCCCAGGACCGGCAGCCGAGGCGGGGCCGGUGUUGGGCAGCCAGGAGGGAGGCCUGGAGCCCCGCCAUGCCGGCCGCCUCCGCAGAGGGCCAGCCUGUGGCCCUGAGCUCGGCGGAGAAGGCCGUGUGCAAGGUGGUGUACGGCGCCCCCCGCCCCCGCCCCCUGCUGCUGCCCGUGGGCCUGGAGCUGUGGCUGUACGUGCAGAAGAUGCGAAACUUGCAAAGGAAGAGGAUGGAGGCCUCGUGCCUGGAGCUGGCCCUGGAGGGCGAGCGUCUCUGCAAGGCCGGUGACUUCAAGGCAGGCGCGGCCUUCUUUGAGGCCGCGGUGCAGGUGGGCACCGAGGACCUGAAGACGCUGAGUGCCAUCUACAGCCAGCUGGGCAACGCCUACUUCUAUCUGAAGGAGUAUGCCCGGGCACUGGAGUACCACCGGCACGACCUGCUGCUGGCCCGGACCAUCGGGGACCGCAUGGGGGAGGCCAAGGCCAGUGGAAACCUGGGCAACACGCUCAAGGUCCUGGGCCGCUUUGACGAGGCCGUCGUGUGCUGCCAGCGGCACCUGGACAUCGCCCAGGAGCAGGGGGACAAGGUCGGGGAGGCGAGGGCGCUGUACAACAUCGGCAAUGUGUACCAUGCCAAGGGCAAGCAGCUGUCGUGGACCGCCGCGCAGGACCCCGGGCACCUGCCGCCCGACGUGCGCGAGCCACUGCGCAGAGCCUCCGAGUUCUACGAGAGGAAUCUGUCCCUGGUGAAGGAGCUGGGAGACCGGGCGGCCCAGGGCAGGGCCUACGGCAACCUAGGCAACACCCAUUACUUGCUGGGGAGCUUCCUGGAGGCCACAGCCUUCCACAAGGAGCGCCUGGCCAUUGCUAAGGAGUUUGGAGACAAGGCAGCCGAGAGGAGGGCCUACAGCAACCUGGGGAACGCCCACAUCUUCCUGGGCCGCUUCGACGUGGCCGCGGAGUACUACAAGAAGACACUGCAGCUGUCCCGGCAGCUCAAGGACCAGGCGGUGGAGGCGCAGGCCUGCUACAGCCUGGGCAACACGUACACGCUGCUGCAGGACUACGAGCGCGCGGCCGAGUACCACCUGCGCCACCUGCUCAUCGCCCAGGAGCUGGCCGACAGAGUGGGCGAGGGCCGGGCCUGCUGGAGUUUGGGGAAUGCCUACGUGUCCAUGGGGAGCCCGGCACAGGCCCUGACUUUCGCCAAGAAGCACCUGGAGAUCUCCCAGGAGAUCGGGGACCGCAAUGGGGAGCUCACGGCCCGCAUGAACGUGGCGCAGCUGCAGCUGGUGCUGGGCCGGCUGAGCAGCCCAGCGGCCACAGAGAAGCCAGACCUGGCUGGUUAUGAGGCCCAAGGUGCCAGGCCCAAGAGGACACAGAGACUGAGUGCAGAGACCUGGGGCCUGCUGAGGCUCCCCCUGGAGCGGGAGCAGAAUGGAGACAGCCACCAGGUGGGGGAGUGGCGGGGGCCGGGCAGGGACAUGCUCCCUUUCCCCGUGAGGAGCAGGAAGUACCAGGAGGGGCUGGAGGCUGCUGAGAGGCCCCGAGAGGGCGGCCACUCUCCACUGGACAGCGCGGACGUCCGGGUGCAGGUGCCUCGCACGAGCAUCCCUCGGGCCCCAUCCUCGGACGAGGAGUGUUUCUUUGACCUGCUGAGCAAGUUCCAGAGCAGCCGUAUGGAUGACCAGCGCUGUCCCCUGGAGGAGGGCCAGCCUGGGGCCGCCCAGGCCACAGCGGCCCCCACCCCGGAGGAGAGAGUCGCCCAGCCCUCGUUGACGGCCUCCCCGCAGACCGAGGAGCUCCUGGACCUCAUCGCCAGCUCGCAGAGCCGCCGGCUGGACGACCAGCGGGCCAGCGUGGGCAGCCUGCCUGGGCUGCGGGUCACGCACAGCAACCUGGGCCGUCUGCGCGGGGACGCGGACCCACAGGAGCCAGGGGACGAGUUCUUCAACAUGCUCAUUAAGUGCCAGUCCUCCAGGAUCGAUGACCAGCGCUGCCCGCCUCCCGACGUGCUGCCCCGCGGCCCCACUAUGCCCGACGAGGAUUUCUUCAGCCUCAUCCAGAGGGUGCAGGCCAAGCGGAUGGACGAGCAGCGGGUGGACCUCGCCGGGAGCCCCGAGCAGGAGGCGGGCGGGAGCCCCGAGCCCCGGCAGCAGUGCCAGCCUGGUGCCACCUAAGACCCUGCAGCCACAGCCCGGCUGGCCCCACCCCAACUCCUGGCCUCGGGGCCGGGGGGCUCACCGUCAUCUGUGAUGCCCACGGCCCCUCGAGAAGCCCAUUCCUCUGGAGGCCAUGGCUGAGUGCAGGCUCUGCGCCCUCUGGCCCUUCCCACUGUGGCAGAUGCCGGGCACACAGCCCCCACGGUGUCCCCCUCCCAGGGUGGCAGGCGCAGGCAGGGGCUGCCCUGGGCGGGUGGGCUUGCCUCUCCUGGACCGGCUCCCCGGGGGGCGGGGACACGGCUUUCUGCAGGCCCGCCUGGCCUUCUCCCUGCCCCCUCCUGCCCCGGGUCCAGCCUGCAGCUUGUUGGGCCCAAACCCUCCACAGCCUCUCCCUGCCCUGCCCAGCUCCGUCCCUCCAUCCUGCCCGGCAAAUGUGAAAACUGCGCUGCCCCCCCAAGCCCCCAGAGGCCAGUCUGAAGGCUUUGCUGUGGGGUCUGCCAGCCACAUGGACGUUUCUGUGCUCCCAGAGAGGGUCCCAGGGAUGACGAAGCAGACAUGCUUGCCCCAGUCCCGCCGCCCCCGGCCCCCUCCAGGCUGGAGGAGGUGAAAGGCUGUGUCAGAAAGCCUGGAGCCUGACAGAGGCAGUGCGGGCAGGACAGAUGCCCCCAUACAUUGUCGCCGGGCCCUGGCACUCGGUCCCCAGCCAGCACGCAGUCCUGAGCAGGCAGGGCCUUGAGGGAGGCGAGGGGACGGGUGGGGAAGAGCUGUGACACCCCUCAACUCCAAGCCCCAAAGCCCAGGGACAGAGUAGGCCUGGUCGGAAUGCCAGCCAGCAGCGAGGUCUGUGCCCGGACCACACCAGGGCCGGGGGCGGCCGGCAGAAGCUGGGGGGUUCAGCUCAGCUCAAGCCUGGGCCCCCCCAUGAGCACCCAGCCCUCAGCUGGGAAGAUGACAUCACUGCCUUCUGUGGGGAGGGUCCAGCCCCCACACAUCGUCAGCCCACGGGACUGGGCAGGAGACGCCCUCUGGGGGCUGCAGCCUUUGCUCUCCCGCAGGCCCCUGCCUUGGCCCACCGCGAGCCCUUCUGGUGAGCCCCCGGCCCUGCCCCAUAGCCCCAGGGCGUGAGGGGGCCCCUCCUCGGUCUUUCUCCGAGGCUUGGAGGCUCUCCAAGCGUGGGGAGGUGGCCGGACCCCCGCCCCACAGGGCAGCCUGGGGGCCCUGGGCCUGCUGCAACCGUGCUUGGAAGCGUGUGGCUGGGAGCCCGGCUGCGGGGUCAGAUGCCGGCAUGGGCUUCUCCCGGGCUGCCCCGCACACUUGAAUGUACGUGCAUAUUUAUUGCUCACGCGUGUUUGCCGUGCUGUCAGUGGGUCCUUCCCAACCCAAGAGGUACAUUUUUUUCUGUUUUUCCCAAAAAAAUAAAGUCUGCCAAGUGAAUGC